AUGCCGCGUAUUUAUUCACAGAAUUCCAGUCCAUUUGUCAACACUCGGGUCUCAAGAAUGCAGGAUAACUGUUUCUGUGACACGCAUUCCCAGUUUGGAGCUCCACGCGGUGACACUACAGCCCGCCCUGUGACGGUCGAGGAACAGUGUGAGAGGGGUGCACGUCUGGUGCCCCACCCCGAGGAGUGCCAGCUGUACUACAACUGCAGUCUCCACUAUGACAUAGUUCCCAGGUUUUUCGAACAGAGACUCGUGGAGUGUAAAUACCCACAACUCUUUGACAGACAACUUCAGAUGUGUCGAGAUUUUUCAUUGGUGGAUUGCGACAGCAGAAAAGUCCACAAAUCUGGAUGUAACUACCGCAAUAACAUGUGUCCGCGGGCACACUGCAUUCCCUGUUCCCAGACAUUCCCCAGCUGUGAGGGAAUGCAGGACGGACCUAACGUGUUUAUCAGUCGCGAGUGGUCACCGAAUUACGUCAUAUGUAGGUCAGAACGGACGCUCGAGACGCGCACGUGCCCACGUGACACACACUUCCAGGUGCCCCAGUUCUUCCACCCAGAGAGGAACGAGUGCGUCAAUCUAUACCGGAUCCCCCCCGAGCGGGGCGGGGCCAUGCCGAGCUGUGAGAGGAGAUUUAAUGGCGCCCACCCGCUGGAGGGAGGGAGGACGGGAACGGCGUAUAUAUGUCAGGGGGGACACCUCCUUAGCAUCCGAUACUGUCCGCCAGGAGCGAGACCGGAACCGGAACCCAGAAGCUGUGUGUACUCGUGA